UGGCACGAGCUGCUCGUAACCAACUGGAUUGACACAAGCUGUGUCCGCUUUGCGUUAACGAUUGUCCAGCUCCGACAUGAGUUGACGUUUGUGGGCACGAUGCAGAACUACGUUAACACCAUUGCACAGUUGCUUGAAACAGCUUUUGAACUUUCGGCCAAAACGGACGAUACAGCUGCUCAAAGACACUGGCUGGUUGCUCAGAGCUUUCUCUGGACAUAUUGGUGCCGUGCUAUGAUGCUUCGUUUCCACUAUCCCCUGGAUUUGCAACUGUGAGGCGGAUACGAUGCCGAACGAAAACGAAUUCCUGAAUAUGCACCAACCACUACCAGCCGAUGGGACAACUCCGGAUGCCUCUGAGAAGUUGCCAGAGUAUAUGUGCAGCUGGGCAUUUGGUCUCUGGAAAUUGGAUAGAGCUUCCAUAGGACAAGAUUUCCGCGACUUCCGAGGCCGAUUCUGUUCCAUGUUUCGCGACAAGCCAGGGAAGUGUAUUGUUACGUCUUCUCGAGCCUGCAACGGACAAGGUCCCGAACACUGCCAACGUCUUACAGCGUGAAGAUAAUCGACCAAUCGGCGCCCGAUUUUCAGGCUAACAGUGAUUGUGAAAUGAUGGUCUGGGACGAAGUCAGCUAUGGAAACAUUGAAGGCGCGAGAGCAAUUUCCAUCAAGCAUUCUGACAGAGCCACCAUUCGAUAUUGUCAAGCGUCUCCUAAAACACUAAGUGUCUCACAUGUAUGGGCUCAUGGCGCUGGAGGAAGACCCCAUACAGGGAUGAAUGCUUGCCUACAUGCACGACUCGUUCAGCUCGCUCGCGAGAUCGAGUGUGACUCGUACCGGAUGGACACACCUUGUAUUCCCGAGAAUCAUGAACUUCGUUCCGAGGCGGUAGCUAAUAUAAACGGAAUCUUCACCGUGAGCAGAAUGACACUUAUCUGGGAUACCGACAUUAUGUCCAUCGAUAUUAGCGACGGCUCGAUAGAGAAGAUGGAAACCCUUUUCUCCGUUCUCCUCGUUUGCGACUAGAAUAUUAGGUCUUGGACAUUGCUCGAGUCCAUGAGAGCCCGUCACAACGUUCACCUUCUCUGCAAAGACAACAAAAUCAUCUCACUCAGGGAAUGCCUCACCCAGGUUCACGAAAAGGGAGCAAUU